AUGAACAUUUCAGAGCAAACAGUCGGACCGGAGGACUAUGAUGUAUUAUCACGAUGGCAAAUAUCCAACUUCUUCGCUUCCAAACCCUCCCCCACAAAAGACGAAUGCGAUAGUCUUGCUGCCAGCCUGCUGAGCGGUCCCGUUUCUGCUACACCAAUGCAAGGAGCCAAUAGUUAUACCGUAGAAAGAAAUGGAGUUUCAACAAUAGUCCAGUUUCGGUCCUCACUGCUUGACAUGGAAAAACUCGAGCUUGCCCAGCAAGUCUAUCUCCGAUUUGUGCCUCCGGGCUUAUGUCAUGGCGAAUUGGGAACUGCCCACGUCUACGUUAGGAAUCGUGUAUUUGGUCCAGCAUUCUGCCGGGUGCGUAAACAGAUGUUUGCCUCUGACAAAGCAAUGGAGCAGCGUUUGGGGCAGACUAUCCAAGAUUUUGCCAAUCUCCACCUAAUCUUCCGCCCCGAAUUCCCAGCUGUGCUUCAGCACGGCGAUCUUCUUGAGAACAACAUUCAUGUCGAAGAAGAAACUGGCCAUAUUACCGGCGUUGUGGACUGGCAAGAGGCCGUUGUGGUCCCUUUUGGGCUGUCUCUUGUUGGCGUAGAGACACUGUUGGGUGCCCAGACAAACUCGGAUUGGCAUUUCCACCCUUCUCACGUUGAACUGCGACAGCUGUUCUGGGAUACAUUUUACAGCGAAGUCGGGCAGGUCUCUGACUUAGACAAAGAGACAAUUGACAUAGCAAGGCUGAUGGGUUUGUUUCAGACGCAUGGUUUCGAGGAAAAUGGCAGGUCAGGAGUGUAUCUUGAGAAUUUCACUUCAGUAUAG